GUGCGGAUGGCCUCGAAAUCCCACUGCUCAUCGGGGAUAUCGGCACACCUGGCACAGGACCGCCCCCGGCCCGGCCCUCACCGCGCUCCUUGAGCACGAAGCCCACGGGGAUGGAGCCCAGCAGCACGGCCAGGCGGUGCCAACAUGGCGGCGGGCGCUGAGGGGGUCCCGGGGCUCUGCGGGGUCGCGGAGUGCUCCGAGACCCCCGGGACCCCCCCGAGCCCCGCGGCGGAGCGGCCGCGGGUGCGGCGGCAGCGCGGCCGGUUCCUGGUGUGGUCCCCGGGAGCGGCGCGGGCGCUGCGGGAGCGGCACCGCGUGUGGGGAGCGCUGGUCGGGACCCCCCCGCGCCGCGGGCCCCGAGGCGGAGCGGCGGCGGGGCCGCGGCUGCCGCUGCAGCUGAGACCGGAGGAGGCGCGGGCGCUGCGGGAGAGCGGCGGAGCCACCGUGGAGCCGGUGGAUGAGGCCGAAGCGGAGCCCUCAGGGGGCGGGGCUGGGGGCGGGGCCAGAGCGGUGCUGGCCACGCCCCUUUCCCGCGCCGAGCGGCGUUCCCGCGUGUUCCGCGCGCUGUGGGGGCGGGGCCUGCACCUGACCCGCGGCGGGAAAUUCGGGGGCGACUUCCUGGUGUACCCCGGCCCCCCCGCGCAGUUCCACGCAUGCGCAGUGGCGCAGUGCCCGCGCAGUUCCCGCGCGCAGCCGCUGGGGGCGCUGUUGGCGGCCGCGCGCCUCUGCGCAUGCGUGCGCAAAGCGCUGCUGCUCUGCGCCGCGCCGCCAGAGGGCGCCGCGAGCUGCACCGCCAUCACCUGGCGCGCCGACCUCACGUAACCCCCUCAGGCCACGCCCCCUCCGUGACGUCACUCCGCGUGUGGCUUUCCCCGCGCUUCGUUUUUCCCGCGCUUCGUUUUUCCCGCGCUUCGUUUUUCCCGCGCUUCGCGGGAAAGGCGCGAAAUAAAAUCGGUUUUUAUUUGAACACUGAAAUAAAAUAAAAUUGAUUUUUGGA